AGUUGGGUCCAACUGGAGCAGGAGAUGAUCCACGACAUACAGGAGAUGAGGCAAAGCAUGGAGUACAUGGGGAGGCUCCACCAGAAGAUCUUCGAGUAAAUCGAUCAGACCUCAACCUUGACGGGGAUGUUCAAGCCCAUCAGCUUCCAGGAGCUGGGGAAGGAUAGCAGCAGCUUUGCCCUCCGCCUAGGCACUCAGGAGUUCUCCCCAGAGGAGCUAUCAGUCAAACAGGUGGGCAGGAAGUUGAGGGUGAGCGGCAAGACAGAGAAGAAGAAGGAGGAUGAGAAGGGCUCGUACUCCUACAGGUGUCAGGAGUUCAGGCAGGAGUUCGACCUUCCGAGCGACGUGGACGCCGAGACCGUCACCUGCUCGCUGGUGGGCGGUAAGCUGCAGAUCCAGGCACCCCGGGACAAAGCGGUGACUGACAGGAAGGAGAGGGUCGUCCUCAUCACCUUAACCUCCGCCCCGGCCAUCACCUCCUCCAGCGGGGGGGCAGAGGGGCACCUCCUCCUCCUCAGAGAGCUGCCCUGCUGAGAAAAACUGAAAAACUGAAAAACUGAACCAUCUCAUCCAUCCGCGUCAUCACUUUUUCGGGCUUUAUUAGGUUAUUUUCCUGUCAGACUGCUGAGUGCAGGCCCGUCCCAUCCUGCUUCUCAACUCUGGCAAAAAAGAAAAAAAAGAAAAAAACAUACAUGACUGACAGGCAGCUGCAGGUUUUAUUAUAAAUACUCAACAAUCAAGAAUAUGUAACUGGUUGAGAGAAGUAUUUCAAGUAAUCUAAAUACUGCUGAGUAGUUGUUGUAAAAAUUUAACAGUAAAAGUCACUACAGCUGUAAGCUAUAGAAGUAAAAAAUACAAUAUUUCUAAAAAUGUAAUGAGGUGUAAAGUACUAAAGUAAAGUAAAAGUACUUCAAAUUUGUGGGCUACUUUUGCACAGUGCAUAAGUAGUCUAAGUGCACUUAACUACUCGCUACUACUGUAUCUGUCAUUUGCACUGAGAGUGGACACAGUACUCACACAUCAUUCCUGUAAAGGUAAGAAUAUUACAGUGCAGAGAAAAUGUAUAACAAGUAAAGUUCCUGCAUUGAAGCUUUUACUUAAUUUAGAGUACAACAGUACUAUCAGCUUCAUGUAGUACAAGUAUCAACAGUAAAACUACAUGAAUACUGCAGAGUAAUAGCCUAACAGUCCCAGGGAGAUAUAGAUACUACAUAUAGAUAUAUUACUACAUUCCUAUGUAUAUUUUACACCCCAUACUAUCAUAUGUUAAUAUUAAACUGCUUUCUACAAAAUCAUA